CCCUCUCCACCUGCCUCCGCCACCCUCCCCGCCGGCGCUCCUCCUCCUCGCCGCCGCAGCCACCCACUCCCACGAGAUCCAAAUCCGCCGCGGGGGGCAGCCCCGAGGGAGUAGGGCGCGGGCCGGCCGGCCACAGGGAUGGUAGCCACAUGAUGCGGCGGCCGUGGCGCCGCCGGCGCGCACGUUUCGCUUGCCCUUGGAGGUGCGGAGGGCGGAGGGGCGGACGCUGCCGCUGCUGCCCGCGCCUACUGCGGAGUCGGCCUCGCCGGAGCGGGAGGCGACAGGCUGCGCCGCCAAGGGCCGUCGCGGCGGAGGUGAGUUGGGCUGAUAAGAGAGGUGACAGGGAGAGAUUGGGAUUGAGGGACGGCGAGCAGCAGGGGCGCGGCGGCGGCGAGAAGUGAGCACAGGCGCCAGGGACGAUGGUGGCGGGAACAUGCUGGCGUCGAGCGCCGCCGCGUUGGGCGGUCCUGCGCCUGCCCUGGCAGAGGAGGAAUGCGGCGACGGGCGCCUGCAGCCGCAUCGUGCCCAGCGCCGCCUAGGCCGCUGCUGGCGCUGUCCCGCCGACGGUUGGCAUACUUGCAGCACGCGAAGGCGGCAAGGAAGCCGGCCAUCAGCAGCCGCGCGCAGAGGCUGACGGUGACCCACGCCUUCUGCGAGGGCGCCAUCCAUUUCGCCACCAUGGGCGCCCGAGGGCGACCACCGGGUGCUUCCACCGAGGGCCUCCGCCUCGCCUCCGCCCAUGGUGUCGGCACGCCUCGCCUCCACCCUCGCGCGCCGGUCUGUCGGACAUGGAAGCACGGUCAUAUCUUCUCAAUUAUCCUGCCAAGAUGAGAAAAAUCUUAUUAUCAGCAUCAAUAGUUUGGGCAAGGAAAACCUCAUGGCUCAUUUGUCAACAUUUCUUCCUGCACUUCUGGAUGCUUUUGAAAACCACAGCCCAUAUUUCCGCAAGGCACGACAUCCUAGCUCGGACGCAGCACGAGCCGCUGAGGCUUGGAGCGGUGACAGACAAGGCAACAGGGGGUGCAUCGUGGUGGGUCGGUCCCUGCUGAUGGCUAAAGGGCGGUGCGGCAACAUGUUCCAGCAUGAGCGCGAGCUCAAGCACAGCACAGUGACGAGCGCUAGCCAACACGCCGCAUAUGAGAUACCUAUGAUGGCUAGUGUAUCCACAUUGUUCAAAUAUUUGCAUUUAACGAUGUAUACUACCCUAUGCUUUGAUUUUGUGUUGAAUUUAUCCCACAUAUAUUUAAUUGCUCAUUUUAUUACUUUUCAUUAA